AUGCUUCGGCUGGGUGGCGGCGGCGAAAGCGAACAAACGUUUCGGCGGCGUCGGCAAAUAGUAAAUGACGUGACAGUCGGAACAUACAAUCCGAUUAUUAAUGAUAUAGCCGACUUAAAACCGGUGAUCAAGAGUCCCGGGGUAGGCGACGGGGUGGCGGCGAACAGGGUUGGUAUGGAGGGUGGGAUGGUCGUGCGUGAUGUGGUGGUUGCGGCAGACAGGAGGGGGUGGUUGUUGUACACUAGUGGCGUAAAACAAGGUCGUUCGGCCGUGAACGGGCCGAGAGCGAACGCCUCGACGCGUAUUUCGAACGGGCGCUAUACACUCGCGAGUACUAUAUAUGGCCCUCGAGUCCUGAAAAAUGGUGUAGCCCACUUGAUAAAACCCGCAGUGUUUUUUUUCCUCUCUUUUCUCCCCUCUCUUUUGAGUUACAUUGACGUCGACGCGUUUCAAAACGGAUUAAUGAAUGACAACAGACGUCGACGGUUCCUUUACACGCUGCGAUAA